AGCUUGCAGCUGCUCCAGAAGCCCUUGUGGAGAUUCCUCGAUGCCUCCAUCAGCCGCUGGCGAGCGUACGUGUUCGCCAACCUGGGGUUCUUUUCCCACCUGGCCUAUCGUCUCCUGACAUCCAAGUACUUGGAUUUCCUCGCCGUGGCUGACCUCCGCCAGUACGAAAAGGUGGUGGCUACACUGAGCAAUGGACAGCUCAUGAGUGUCAUCAAAGAGGGGGAGGAAACGAUCGUGCGGCUUCAGCAGAACAUCUUUGCCCCAAGCAGCCAAGCCCAGCAGCUCGAACAGCGGCUGCGCCAGCAUUGCGCUAUGAUCUGCAAGCAACUUGCCGACUAUUCUCCCGUGUUCUAUCGUCCUGCCGAUAGCACGCAGGGCGACCGCGACACCGAUGCCAGUGAGGAGGUGGUGGAGGUUGUGCCUCCUACAGGCCAGGGCGACACCGAAAAGCCUGCUGGCGAAACAGAUCUCAAGACACGCAUCCUCAAGCUCGUGGAACAGCUAAAAUUGAUCUUUGAGUGGUCACCCCUCGAUGUCCGCUUCAUGCCCCGUGGGAUUGGCAACAAUCUGGAGGAGGCCAUCCCACCACCAGUGUCCUCCCAUGAAUUUGCCCCACUUGUGCAAUUUCUCUAUGCCCUCCACUGCCGCUACCUUAAGGGCAGCCCCAUAGCAUCUCAUCUCUAG